CGGACGUCAUUUCCCACGAAUAAAGGUAGCGUCGGUAUUCGGUGCGACUUCUACUCUGCGCUCACGCGGCAUUAGGUGCGCACGGUCGUUUUGGGACACCGUACCGUCAGAUCAUUGUCAGCGGUCGGCCUGAGCAGGUGGUCAGCUCCGUCCAAAUAUCAAACGGAAAGAAGCAACACCAAAGUGACACGCAGCGUGAACGUGAGCGUGGUGCUAAAGUGUGGAUUAGUUAAAGUUAGGUUUGUGAAUGUUAGACACUGGUGUCCAGAAGAAGAAGAAGAAAAAAAACAGUUCCUUACGGUGAUUUUUAAGCACACCUACUUAAAGUAGAUGCCGUGUACAUCACGAGCCUGCAGAGAGCCUUUUAGCUCCAUGGUGCUAUCGUCUGGGGAAUUGCACAGAAUUGCAACUAAAGUGUGAACCUUUUACAAAAGUGUCGUGCUGUGUUCAAAGGCGUUCUGUUUAGCCAAACAAAAACAAAUAUCAUUCAGGCUUUCUCUUUACUUAUCGAAACGAUAAACGAUUCUACGACGCAAUCAUGUCCGGCAUAAGUGAUUUCUAUCGCGACAAAGUGGUGUUCGUGACCGGUGGUACCGGGUUCAUCGGGAAGAUCGUGGUGGAAAAGCUGCUUCGAACGUGCGAAGUGAAGGAAGUGAUUUUGAUGGUGCGCGAGAAAAAGAACACGCUGCCAGAGCAUCGCAUCAAGAAGCUUUGCGCAUCGCCGAUAUUUGACAAAUUAGCUAAAAAGAAUCCCAACUACCAAGAUAGAAUUCGUGUGAUUGAAGGCGAUCUCGAGAAGCCCAACUUUGACCUGUGUCCGGAGAGCAUGGACUAUCUGAAGGAGCACACUCACGUCAUCCUGCACAUUGCGGCCACGGUGAAGUUUGAUGAAGAAAUGAUCAAGGCAAUUACCAUCAAUCUUGGUGGCACGCGAACCGCACUAGAGAUUGGACGACAAUCCAAAAACCUACAGAGUUUCGUGUACGUUUCAACGGCAUACUCGAACAGCUACGACGAACACAUCCAGGAGCGUGUCUACCCAAUCGACUGCAACCCGGAGAAGAUCCUGGCCAAUCUCGACGACGAGAAGUUGAUACAGGAUGUGAUCAAGUAUUCACUGAAAUGGCCCAACACGUACACAUUUACGAAAGCGCUGGCCGAAGCGAUGACACUCGAAUAUCGGCAACACUUCCCGGUCGCCAUCGUGCGUCCGUCCUGCGUUAUGGCCAGCCUGAACGAACCCAUACCCGGAUGGUGCGAUUCAAUCUACGGCACGAACGGUACGUUCAUUGGUUGGUACUAUGGGCUGAUACGGACCAGCCACAUCGAUCCGGAGGUAACGAUCGAUACCGUACCGGUGGACUACGUAUCGAACGCGAUCAUUGCCGUCGGAUGGAAGACACACUUCGAAAGAGCUCAGGAGCCCGAACUGCUGGUGUACAACUGUGUAAGCUCCACCGACAAUCCGCUGACGUUCGACGAACGGAGACGCGAAUGUGAGAAGGCAUGCAAGAAGCAUCCGCUUCUGACAGGCAUCUACAGACCGAUCACCUUCGCCUCGAGCAACGAGUUCAUGUUCCGGCUGUACUCGCUAGUGCUACAUUAUCUGCCCGCCUACAUCAUGGACAUGGCCAUGAAGCUUCGAGGCGAGAAGCCCCGUCUAGUCGAUACGUACAUCAAGAUCGAUAAGGUCGUUGCCACGGUAAAGAAGUUCUCCAACACCACGUACUUCUUCGACAAUCAGAACAUGAAAGACCUGUAUCUGGCCAUGAACCCAGCAGAUCACCAGCAGUACCCAUGCGACAACCGAAACUACAGCUGGCGGCUGUACUUCGAGGUUGCCAUCCCGGGGCUAAAGAAAUACUUCUUCAAGGAAGACCUCAACAACGUUAAGCAAGCCCGCCAAGUGAUGCGCAAGAAGGAGCUAAUCGUAAACGCUAUACUGUUUCUAAUCGUCGGUCUUAUGCUGCUACAACUGUACUACCUUCUGCGCUAAGCCCUCUGCCGGAUCGGCCGAACGAGCGACGACUUUUGCGACGACGACGAUCGAUACCAACGGUCCACGUCGGUCUGAAGAAUCCCACAACAAUCCGGCGUGCAGGUCAUCGUACAGUAGUGGCGCGAUCGGAUCAACUCCUUGUCCAGGGCCAACCGCUUCUGGUCCAAGGGUACGACCCUGCCGGCAUGGUUGAUCGACCGAUCGGUGUCAUCCGCUAGUACAAUGGGAUGUAUAUCAUCGGCGAGAGAUAUUGAACGGACCGGAUAAUAAAACAUAAUGGGAUGCGUUAGCUUAGUCUAAGUUAGGUUUUUUAGGGCCUAGGGAACAGACAAACAGUUGUAACAGGGGAGCAGUAGCGGUAGUGCGCUAGGUUAGAAAGUUUUCUGUAUAUUCAUGUCCGUUUUCAGCUGCAAACAACUGUAACUGUAAAACGCUCAGCAGGUUUCUAUGGAUCUUGAUUUUGAUUCUUUCUUGCAUACUUUAUAAGAAACACCCUUCCACAUCAACUAACAACAGCAGAUGAAAUGGUGAAACUCAAAUGUUUGCAGUAUUUGGCAAACAUUUUAUUGCCCUCUAGAUACACAAAGUACAUUUUAAACUUAGGUCUCCAACAGCAGAAACUACCUACUUGAUCUUUUCCGAACCUUCAGGGGCUCUACUUUUGCACCGAUAUUUAUUAAUACCGAUUUCAGCGUGCUGAGCACAUAUAGCUCAAAGAUAAAUAAAGUAAGAAUGUAAUAUAAGCACUAA